GAAAUGGCCGGAACAGAUUUAAUUCCCUUUGAUUAGAUCCAUUGCGUAUUCUGGUGAAUACGCUUCAAAGGAAACGAGAAAUUCUGGUGGGGCGGCUCGAGCACGAAAUCCUCUUGGCCCUUGUUAAACCUCGCUUCUUGGGGUCGAACAAUGCAUUUCGUCGGCAUCCUCUGUUUCUCCGGUGAUUGCACAUAAAGCUGCCAUUAUUAGAACUUCAGUGGGCGGGAGAAGUUUGCUGCUUUUUCCAGCCACGCGUUUUCACGCUUACUCUUACGCACAAUUUGCUCGCGCGCGUUUCGUUCCUAUCCACUCCAUGUGGCCGCCAGUUGCACCACGACUCUCGUUCCUUCGUGUUCGCACCGUCGCGUUCGACGUCGAUCGAGGCAAAAUAUAACACUGAAAUCAUUCCAUUUCACAUCAAUUUUACCACGUGAACAGGUGACAGUGCGCGCUGUUUCCAGGCGAAGAAAUUUUCAAAUCGGAUGCGAGCUUGAAUUUUCCCGUUCAAAGCUGUGCAAUCGCACCAUAAUUCUUCGUGUUCGCGCCACUGUACACGUAUCGAAACAUGUGAUAUAAGAACUAUCCAUUUUAUUCCACGUGAACAGAGACGAUACACGCCGUUUCGAGGCAGACAAAUUUGUAAGUCGAGUGCGAAUUUUCAUGUGUUUACAAACCUGUGUAAUCGGUAUUAGCAUAACUCUCCUUGCUUCGUGUUUAUAUACGUCGUUUAUAUACGCGUAUUGAAACAAAAUAUAACACAAGAAUUAUUUCAUUUUACUUUUAUAUUUACGAAGAGAACAACGCACGUCGUUUAGACAGACAUUUGUAUGCAAUGUGAGCUUGAAUUUUCGUGUGUUCUGUGUUCUAAUUGCUGUUAAUCGCACGAUGUCAUUUUUACCACGUGGUGCACUAUUUCGAAAGAAAAAAAAUCACAAGUUAGAUUCGAAUUUUCAGAGGAGGCAAGUAUUGCGAUACAAAAUUUCUUUCUCACUGUUCACGUUCUCAUUACAUUUUCAUUCUAAAACCAUUUUUAACGACUACCAUUAACGUAUAUCGUUUCGAGGCGGAAAAAUUGUAAAUCGUAAAAUGUAAAUUGAAAUUUUCAGUGUGACAAAUCUUCGAGACGAUUGCCACAUCGCGAAUCUCGUUUCUUAACGUUCACUUCAGAAGUUAAAGCAAUUAUUCUUCGUUCUCUUAUCUAAAUUUUUAUCACACCAGAAAUGAUAUAGGCGAUUUUCGAAUCGGAAAAUUGAAUUUUCGCGUGCGACAAAAAUCUCGAGGAAAGACGUGCGAUUGUCGCGAUCGCUAUUAUCGCUCGCUCUACUUUCGACCACGCUCGCGAUCUAGUUUCUGAUUCGCGGUGAAUCGUUAAUUGUCGCCACGAGUUUUUCGCGAUACGCAAAGCUUAUUAGAGUUUCCUCGAAGAAUUAUUCUCUCUCGUAUUGUAAAAAGCUGUGUAAAAUGAUAUUUUCGAUCCUGUGUCGUUCUCUUAAAUUUGUGUCUAUUGAUUUGCAACAAUUCAAAUGGGAAUCGUAUCCACCAUUGCGAAACUUCUAUCGUGAAGUUUAUAAAACAGUGCACAUCGCUCUCUAAUUAUUGUAACGAUUUAAACGCAAGAAUCGUUUCAAUUCUUUUUUAAACUUUUAUCAACUGAUCUAUUCGUGAAUUAAUUAUCAAAGUGAUCAAAGUGAUACCAAUGAUUCACAAUCAAUCAAGUUUUAUCUAUUCAAACUUUGCUGAAAAAGAAAAGAGAAAUGUCCAGAAAAACGUCCAGUUGCAACAAGAUCAACAUAACCUCAACGUCCGUUUUUCGCCGCGAUGGAAAGCAAUGCAUAUGAAUCGAAGAGACAAAAUGAGAAUAUCGUCGAUUUCUUCGAUCUUCUCUUCACGACAUAACUACAUCCACAGCAUAGAGAGUAGAAACAUGCCCCUCAAGUUUCAAGCGAUCGAAAAAUUCGAUUGAAUUCUCGCCGAAAGGAGACGUCAUGACGCAAUCGAAACUUCCGAGUUUUCUGCUCACCACGUGGCUGCUGCUCGGCACGAUAGCGACGAAAUCGAGAAUGGGGGAAUUUCUGCACAGUUUGCAAGAGUACGAGAUCGUUUAUCCUCGAGUGAUCUCGAACGAAAAUGGGAGAGGAAGGAGAUCGACUCGAGAAAGUUUGGAACCGAUGCUUCUCGAGAUCAGCAACUGGACACUAAGGACCGUGGUCAACGAUCGUUUCCUCUUCUCCUCAAAUUUCACCGUGGAUUGGGUGAAACGUGGAAAAAGAAGGUUGGAGGAUCACGAAAAGGCAAGAUGCGAUCUACGACGGGGAAGUUUAGAAGGCGACGAGAGUUCUUUCGUUGUGGUCACUAUCUGUGAAGAGGACGUGUAUGCAAUGAUGCUGACCAAUCAAAGAUCGUUUUUCGUGCAACCAUUGACGAACGGUGAACAUGUUAUGUUCCAAUCGAAGCAAGCUAAAUGGUGGUCGACGAGAGAAAAUCUGGGUGACGAUGUUAUUGUUGCAGAGAAAUCGAGGAAGGAGAGAAAAGAUAAAAAAUCGAAGCGAAGAAGACGGGAAUCGUUGAAUCACGAUGUUCAGACAUUUUACAAUCUUUCCGGUGACAUAUUUGACGUGGAAUAUCCAGAAGCUGAGAAACUAAUUUUAUACGAUGAGAAAGACGAAAUAUCCGCAGAGUACAACGAUACGAGUGUGGAAGAAUUACCGACUGACGUAAAUUCUGAAGAGAUUGGACAUUUUUCCGGGCCCAAGUGGCAAAGGAACAAAAUAUCGAAAAGAAAACAAGGCAGUAAAGAAUCGCCGCCACGAUGGUUGGAGCUUGGAAUAGCUGCAGAUUAUUCUGUGAUCGAUUUUCACGGAAUCCGAGUACAACAAUAUAUCUUGGCACUUUUGAACAUCGUCAGCGCGAUUUAUAUGGACCCAUCUCUCGAUUCGAAUAUGGUUCUAGUGAUCGUGCGAAUGAUUUUAUACGCGGAGAAAAGAGAUGGAAUGGUUCGCCGUGGUGACGCCAAACGUUCCCUCGAAAACGUAAAUAAAUGGAACAGAAAAAUGUUAUCCUCGGCAGAUGUAAAUCAUGAUGUUGCUGUGUGGCUGACACGGUUGGAUAUAGGAGGUCCAUCCGGUUAUGCACCUGUGUCGGGGGUAUGCGAUCCCUCCAGGUCAUGCGCCUUGAAUCGAGACGAGGGUUUGACUAGUGCUUUUAUCAUAGCGCAUGAAGUGGCACACAUUCUAGGCUUGACUCACGACGGGGACGAGAUGACGGGAAACGCUUGCAAGGAAGAGGGAUCUCGAGGAAGCGUGAUGGCACCCAUGGUCGCUGCCACGUUCCACCACUUCUAUUGGUCCGCCUGUUCCAAAAAGGAAUUCCAUCGAAGAGUAAGGCGGUGGUCCUGUUUGCUGAACAAGCCAAGACACGAUAGCCUAGGCCAAUUAAGAACAACUGUUCGGGAGACGUUCACCAUGGACGAGCAAUGUCGCAUGGAGUUUGGGGAAGGUUACGAGCACUGCAAAACUUUUGACAUCGAGGAACCAUGCUCCCGUUUAUGGUGUGGCAACAGCAAUAUUUCUGAGUCUUGCAAGACCAAGAAGGGACCGCCUUUGGAAGGCACGUUGUGUGGAACCUCGAAGUGGUGCAUAAAGGGUCGAUGCGUAUCGACGAAUAGAAAAAAUUUCGAUUUUGGCGUGAUACUGAAUAAACCUAGAAACGGUGGUUGGAGCGGUUGGGCCUCGUGGAGCAAGUGUUCGAGAAGCUGUGGAGUAGGAGUACAGUGUCGAACGCGAAAGUGCAACAAGCCUCUGCCAGCCUACGGUGGAAAAUAUUGUUCAGGCCCCAGCGACGAUUGCAGAGUAUGCGAUUUGCCAAUGUGUCUAACCUCGAUCGAUCUCAGAGCUCAACAAUGCACCAAAUUGGCCAAUAUUCUUUAUCUCGAGAGAUUCGAUUCCACCAGAGACGUAACCUGGCUACCUCACGCCUCCAAUCAGGAGAAUCUGAGAUGUCGAUUGGUCUGCAGGAGUAAAGAGACGGACGAGAUAUUUUACACGAGGAAGCAUUUGAUCGAUGGCACCCCGUGCUCUUACGGAUCGACAGAUAUAUGUAUACAGGGCGAGUGCCAUGAAAUGGGAUGCGAUCACGUUUUAGGAUCGAAGAAAGUGUUCGAUCUAUGCGGUGUAUGCGAUGGUGAUAAUUCGAGCUGUGAAAAUGUCAUCACCAAGUUCCAUAGGAAGCUUCGACGAGAAGUAACACGAGUCGCUAUAAUACCACGAGAGGCGUACAAUUUGUAUAUGAACAUCACAAUAGCUGGAUCUCCCCACUUUCACAGGGAUAACUUGACAAUCGUGAUUGGUGAUGGAAGGAGAAGGCGAAACGUUCAGGAGAAUUUAGCUUCUCGAAAGCGAGAUAUAACGAUCGUUCAAGGCGCUGCCUUUCGAGUUCAGAAACGUGGUAAUAACACGUAUUCCAUAGAGGCGAAUGGUACUACGUUUGAAGAUGUCGUCAUUUUGCUUAUGGUAGCAAAGGAUACGAUACAUCAAGGAAUCUCGACUACGGUUUCUCUGAGAUAUUUCUUAAAUCGCGAUGAAAGGAGCGCUAAGGAUAGAUAUAUAUGGCUGUUCGGUGGUUGGAGCUUUUGUUCGGCCAGUUGCGGUGGUGGAACCCGUCAGAAAAUGAUAGUCUGCAAGGAUGAGAAGACAGGGAGAAUCGUGUCGCGAAGAAAAUGCCCGUUGACGACCAAACCGAGUCAAGAAAUAGAGAAAUGCAACGUCUUUAGUUGUACCUUCAAAUGGAUACCAGGCCCAUGGGAAGCAUGUUCAACUACGUGUGGAAAAUUUGGCGUGCAAUUACGACAGCUUUAUUGCAUUCACUCGGGUUUCAAUGGAACAGAAAUGAAUAGGAAUAACGAAAUAGAAGUGUACAGAACGAUGGUACAAUCAUCCAUAUGUCAAUCAAGCCCUAUGCCUACGAAUACCAGAGAAUGUAACAGGAUUCCUUGCCCUGGACGUUGGAUUUUUACAGACUGGUCCUCGUGCUCGAAGAAAAAUGGGAAAGGUAUACAGUCGCGAAUAGCCAGAUGCAUUCCUCCAGAGAACGAAUCGUUUUACAAUUGCGACGGCCCGACCGUAAAAACGGAAAUCCGUUCUUGCACCGGUCACGUGACCAGAGCUAUCGAAUUUCCAUCUCGUUGCCUCAGAGACAAGAAUCGAUUCUGCUCCAUACCGAGUUUGAAACGAUAUUGCAACGUGGCUGCUUUUAGAAAAAGGUGUUGCCGUUCUUGCGAAAAUUUCGAUCCGUCGAAUUCUUUCGAUCGCAUGUUGCAAACUUGAAUUUAAAAUUUAAAAUUUGUUUAAAAAAAAAAUAUUUAUUGUUUGCGAUGAAUUUAAGAUAGAAUUUAAAUUAUUUCAACAAUAUUAGAUAUUGAGAUGGAAGAUUGUGGUAACAGACUAAGAUUUAUUUAAAUUUCGAGUAUACAAUACACAGUGACAUUAUUUAUUAGUACGAAUUAAAAGUCUAACGAAAUAAAUCCAAAUCAAGAAAAAAAAAUCGGGAUGAUCAACACUUUGUAAUAAAUAUAACGAAGAUAAAAUGGUAAUAUGGAACUUUGCAGAUAAUUUGUUGCAUUGCCAAUUUACAUAAUUUACUUCGUUUGACGAAUAAUAAAAAUUAUACAAUCCCAUUCUUCAAUCCAUAUUCAUUAAUAAUUUAUCGAUAUUUAAAAUAAUUUUCAAUUAUUUUAAUUUUCUAUAUACACGAUCAAAAUUAAAAUUUCGAUAAAAAUAUAUUAUAUAUUCAACUUAAUCAUAAAAUAUAUAUUAUUUGAGUAUUUCUAUCUUUUUAAAUUAAUAACAUUUAAUAAUAAUAAAUUGCAUACGAUAUUCCAUAUUAUCAUAUUCUCUUCCAAAUUGUUAAACAAGCUUCUACGACCCGUUUUUCACGAGUAGUAGAGAAAUCGGAAGAUUCGAUUCGUUCGAAGAAUGUACUGUCCUACGUUACGUCCCUCGAUUUCCGUUUCCUCCAAUUCACGCCUGAGAUUAUAGCUGUUAAAAUCAGCGAAGAUAUGUUCAUAACAAAAAGAUAUGUACGUAAACAUAUGUAUAGGGUGCGCUCCAGAUUUA